CUUAUCGAUUAGCCCACUAACCCAUAAAAUUACAUUAAUCUGGAGUUAUCAAACCAAAAAAUGACACCAUCAACGGAAAAAACGGCUCCUACAAAGUUCCCAUAUACUACUACACAACUCAUAAAUCCUUCAGUUUCAACUCUCUCUGCAUGAACAUAUCUCUCUCUGUAUAUAAUAUAAACACACACACAAAAACGUAUACAACCAAAACAGUUUCUUUUUCUUUUCUUCAUCAUCAUAUAUACUACUCUACUACUAUAUGAAUAUAAAAAUAUUCACCAUUUUCUUUGAAUUUUUCACAAAUGGCGGGUCUUUUUACAACUCUUAAACCAACCACAUAUUCUUUAACAUCUUCUUUGUUAUAUUUACUUACAAUUCUUUCUAUAUCACUUGCUGCUUUUGCUUUUGUUCUUCAAUGGCGUGGCGGGUUACCCGACCCGAAUACCCGAUGGGUAGUACCCGAAGAUGAUCCGAGUGAUUUUCGGGUCAUGGGUCGGUCAAAACCCGUACGUUCAUCGUAUGAUUGUGAAGAUAUUCUUGGACAGAGUCGUAUGCCAUCGUUUCCAUACUUCAGGGAUUGGAAGUUUAGUUUCGGGUCGGAUCUUAGGCCUAAGGUAUCAAUCACUACAAGUACGUCCGCUGGCUUAGAGCAGAUCCUACCCUGGAUAUUUUAUCAUAAGGUUAUUGGUGUAACAAACUUUUUCCUGUUUGUGGAGGGAAAAUCUGCAUCCCCCAAUGUAUCUAACGUGCUUGAAUCCAUUCCAGGAGUAAGAGUUGUAUAUAGAACAAGAGACCUAGAGGAUGCACAAGCCAAAAGUCGGAUCUGGAAUGAAACUUGGCUGGCUGGAUUCUUCUAUCAACCAUGCAACUACGAGUUAUUUGUUAAGCAGUCUCUUAACAUGGAAAUGGCCAUUGUUAUGGCAAGGGAAGCUGGUGUGGACUGGAUCAUUCAUCUUGACACAGAUGAACUAUUGCAUCCAGCUGGAACUAGUGAGUAUUCUUUACGGCGACUUCUGGCAGAUUUACCCGAAGAUGUUGAUAUGGCGGUCUUCCCUAAUUAUGAGAGCAGUGUUGAGACAGAUGAUGUAAAGGAACCUUUUAGUGAAGUCUCGAUGUUCAAGAAGAAUUAUGACCAUCUCCCGAAAGAAACUUACUUUGGCAACUACAAGGAAGCAACUCGUGGUAAUCCUAACUACUUUUUGACUUAUGGAAAUGGCAAAUCAGCUGCACGAGUUCAAGAUCAUCUUCGUCCUAAUGGUGCUCACAGAUGGCAUAACUACAUGAAAAGCCCAAAAGAGAUCAAACUGGAUGAGGCUGCUGUUCUGCACUACACAUACCCCAAGUUCUCGGAUUUAACGUCAAGACGAGAUCGCUGUGGAUGUAAACCUACAAAAGAAGAUGUGAAAAGAUGCUUCAUGCUAGAAUUUGACAGAGCUGCUUUUAUAAUAGCUUCAACUGUGACGGAGGAGGAGAUGCUUCGCUGGUACCGUCAACAUGUUGUUUGGACGGAUAGAGCACUCAUCCGGAAGCUUAUCAAGAAGGGCAUAUUGACACGAAUAUAUACUCCCAUGGUCAUUAUACAGGGUUUGAAGCAAUCUGGUGUUUUUGCUUCUGUUAUUGCCUCGGCACAUAGAGAUAUCAUAAAAGAAGAGUCUUUAUCUGCUACUGGAAAUAGAAAUGCCUCCGGAUAUCCUCAUAUUACUGAUACUUUUCCGAGAAAGAUGGGUCGUAUAUUGGAACCUCAAGCAACAAGAAGGAAAUUCCUGGAAUUUAGUGAUGAAACUGAUCGUCUUGCAAUUCCACCCGAAUCACCUCCUGGCAUGGAUGCCAUUCACCUAUACAAAAUACCUUCUGAACAAUAAUUCUUCUUGAAGAAAAGCACACACUGAUAUACCCUUGGGAGAUAGCUGUACAUGAGUUGUGUCCAUACUGGAAAUUGGUUGCCAUAGAAUUGUUUCGAGUAUCUAGCCAAGAAUUCAGAUUCAUAUCUUAGAGUCGCUUGGAAUCAUAGAUAACUAUUCUUAAAGAUUUGGCCAAUUCUUUUUUCUCCAUCUUUUUAUACCCUAGUGAGAGCUCAGAAUUUUUUCAAUUUUCAAUGUGUAGACAUGACAGAAUGCUUUGGAGAGUGACAAUUUCAUUCAUGGGGUAUAUUUAUCAUUUUAGAUGUACAAGAACAGAUCCCUUCCAUGCCUCAAAUCUUUCAAAGAUUUUCUUACUUUUAUUCU